AUGUCUGCAUCAUCAAAUGAUAGACAACAGCAACAAUUACCUUCGAUGAAUCUGACGGAUGCUGAAUGGAAAGCCAAAUUAACUCCUGAACAAUAUCGUAUACUACGAAAAAAGGAUACCGAGUAUCCGGGAACCGGUGUAUAUGAUAAACAUUUCGAAGAAGGUGUUUACAAAUGUUCUGGUUGUGGUCAAGAUCUUUACGAUUCAUCGUCCAAAUUCAAUUCACAUUGUGGAUGGCCAGCAUUUAGUUCGUCAUUAGGUACAGCAGUUCGACGACAGAAAGAUGCCGAUGGUCAUCGAGAAGAAAUUCUGUGUGGCAAUUGUGAUGGACAUUUAGGUCAUGUGUUCGAAGGCGAAGGUCUACGCGACAGUAAUGGCAAAUUAGUUCAACAACGCCAUUGCGUUAACUCGGCUUCAUUAAAAUUUCAAAAGAAAAACUAG